AGGACCAACAUAAACACCUCCUGGUAAUGGCUCGACAGACCAAUUCCAGAUUAAGUGACGUUGAUGAGUAUGGAUUUGAACGACCCCCAGACUUUGACUACCAAAGCUACGAAGAAUUCAUGUCAAGAUAUCUGUCCGUCCUGACACGUCGUGCGAGGAAAUGGUCCCACCUCCUGGGAGCGAAGGAGACGGUAGGGAGAGGAAUAAAAGUGAAGCGAUACGUCAGGAAAGGGAUUCCGAUGAAGCAUAGAGGAAAGAUGUGGAUGGAAGUCAGCGGCAGCAGGAGAAAGAUGGAGGCCCACCCAGGCUAUUACAAAAGUUUGCUCGAAGGAAGCUUAGACGAGGAAGUGGUAGAGUCCAUUAAAAUUGACGUCCCGCGCACCUUCCCCGAUAAUAUUUAUUUCCGAGAUUACAAUGAGGGGAAACUGACAGAUUUAUACAAUGUGCUCGUUGCUUUUGCUCACCACAAUAAGAAGAUUGGGUACUGCCAAGGCCUUAACUACAUUGCUGGCCUUCUACUGAUCAUUACCAAAGAUGAGGAAAGCACGUUCUGGCUCCUGAAUGCUCUGGUCGAAGAUCUGUUGCCUCAGUACUAUACUCCCGAUAUGAUUGGUGUUCUCACAGACAUCAAAGUGUUGGAAUCUCUUGUAAAAGAGAGAGCCAAUCUUGUCUGGAGGCACAUCAAACACUAUGAGCUGACUUGGGGCCUUCUCACUACCAAAUGGUUCAUUUGCCUUUUUGCUGAAGUCUUGCCUAUUGAGACAGUAUUACGAAUCUGGGAUUGCCUGUUUUAUGAAGGCAACAAGAUCUUGAUGCGUGUGGCCAUUACUCUCGUCUUGUCGAACGAACAGAAGAUUCUCAUGAGCCAGGAUUUUGGGGACAUCAUAGAAUGCUUUAAGAAGAUCACUAAAGAUGCUGAUGCCAUUGACUGUCAUACCUUUAUGGAAAAUGUUUUCAAAGUAUCUGGAUCCUUCCCUCGGGCACGCUUGGCCAAGUUGCGGGAUGAGUGUAAGGAGGAGGCAAUAGCAGAAAUGAAGAAAUGAGUGUCCGAAAUAAAUCACUGAAAAAAACAAGAGAUUGACAUGAUUGAAAAAGGAGAUGAGCAGUGAUGUGUCUCGUAGAUGGACAAGAAUAGGAAACCUCUUGUGGUUUGUAUUGUGUUCCAGCCUCCUAUAAGUGGUAUGUGAUGAUUGCAAAGCCCGUGAGAAAUGGGUGCAUAUGCCGUUGAUUUGUGGAUGACGUUUUUCCAGUGAUUUAAUUUGAGAAGCUUUAUUCCAGACUGUGAUGUUUUUGGUCAUUCCAGCAUAAAUUGCUACAUUUAAUUUACUUAACAUACUGAAGAUUUUUGUGAUAUGUAAUAGCUGUAUGUUAUAAAGCUUUAAUUGCACUGCCACCUACCUAUAGUGUGUAAGAAAGCAGGUGAGAAAUAAUAGAGACUUAAGGUCUUUUCUUCUUACAUAUAGCAGGGCAGUUUGAGUUACAGUUACUGUAACACUUAUUGAAAAUAUAGUCAUUAUUAUCAGUGAAAAGAUAUUUAACUGUAGUUGUUGGGGUUAUAUUAACAUUAGUACUUUAACCUGUUGAUCAUUUUGGAUAUUUAUACAUAGUAAGUUGUAUGCAGGUCAUGCCAGGUCGUAUGUGGUGAGUCUUGAAAUAUGACAGUUCUUGGUCGUCCUGGUCAUUUGCAUUUACCAUCGUCAUAACUUCUUUGAGGUUUUCCUGUGGAAGGAAACUUUUGAUGUAGAAAUGAAACCUUUUGUACAAAGCAUGGAUUUGGUUGUGUAUUUUAAUUGAUGAUUAGGGAAGAUGUGUAAAUGUGCUAUGGGGAAAUUAUUUACGUUUUUGUAGAAGCUGUGUUGUGGGUCAUUUGGUUAAUAAGGGUUUUAAUGGAUUUCUUUUUAAAAUUACCUGAAUUUUUGCAUUUGGUGACCGAUAAGAAAUCCCACUAGAUAAUGUAAUAGUUAAAUUUUUAUCCGCCAGAUUCCUAAUGUACAAGUUUGUUUCACAAAAUGAUUUUCAUUCAAGUGGAAAAAAUUUCCUUAUGCUUAAAAUUUUUGUUUUUGGGUUCUGUUUGCUCAAAUAUGUUGUUUUAAAAAAUAGUUUCUUACACACGGACUUGCAGGCGUAUGUGCACAUAAUGAUAUGCCUACUGAAGAAUAUUCACAUGAGCAUGUACGUCUAUACACAUUUCUUUUUGCCUGUUUUGUCUCGGUAUUUGUGAUUGUUGGUGAGUUAGUACCAGUUUCCUUUACAGACUUGCUCCGUAGUCUGCUGGAUUUGUUUGAUGAAACUCUGUACUGAUUGUUGAUUGCAUUGCAAAGCUUCUGGAGUUUUGCAGAGGAUAGAGAAUUUCUGAGAUU